ACAACAUAGCAAUUCAUCCCGGGUCGACGACAAUCAUGGCAAAAUUUUUGGUUAUUGAGGCAACAUGAUGAAGAAAAAAGAGUCCAAAAAAUAUUUACAGGGAUCGGGCAAAACAUUCAAGAUGAAAGAGUUCCAAAAAUACCUCAUAAAGAAAGAGGAAAUGGAUUUUUCAUUGGAAGAAAGAGACGGCCAUAUUGUUUACGUUCCCAGCAAGAGCAAGGUGGACGAGAUCCCAGGCGGUUGCUUCUUACACAUGCUCAAUGAUCAGCUUGUUUCCAGUUUUGGUUUGAACCUUGGUGGAACCUUGGAGUACUUGUCUUCAUCAGAACAUUAUCCCUUAACUUUGGUUUUCAGAGCCGAGCAUGGACAAGAAGGCAAUCAUACAAAGAAAAAGUUCACGUAUCCAGUCCCCGACAAUUUCUUUGGAGAAAUAGCACCUUUAACAGAUAAAGAGAUAGCACACUACACUAAACUAGCACAGUCUUGGGUCAAGGGUCUUUUGGAUGCAUCCACUUCCAAUGAGGGUUUUGAGUAUAUCUGCACCAAGAAUGAUGUUGAUGUCUACCAAGGAACACGGCCAGGUAGUCAGCUUCAUCUGAUCCGUGGCGUCACCAGAGUUAAAGCGUCAAAGGAUGAAGCCAGAGCCCUUAUGAUAUCAGAUACUACAGAGAAGUUCCGACGUCUCUUCCACAUGAUAGAUGCUCAUUUUCAAGAUGGUUUAGUGUUGCAUCAGUUUCCUGCUAAUUACAGAGCCCCUGAGGUUCCUUUCUUCUCCAUGAAGUGGGCAGUGAUGGGGUCACCUGGGCCUGUUUGGUUCAGAGAUGUCUGCUGGCUGGAAUAUGGAGACAUAAUCAUUGAUGAGGCUGGAAAUGAACUUGGAUUUGGAGUGGGAUCUUCAAUUGCUAGACCCGAAUGUCCCACUUUGGAGAAUUACAAACUAGUGCGAGCAGAAAUCCUGAGCACUGGUUAUGUUUUUAAACAUUGUGCUGAUGACCCAGGAUAUAUGGAUGUAAUUUAUGUUAUUCAAGCUGACCCUAAAGGCUGGAUCCCAAAGUGGGCAGUUAACAUGUUUGCUUGGCAGCAAGCAUUGAAUGUGUCGCGGAUAAGAAAGAUCAUCGAGGGAACAUUAAGAGCUAGAGAGAGAAUGUCUCAUCAUGAAAGACAUGGAGCCGAAGUCCAAGGAGUUAUAAUACCUCAUGGCCAGACUCACACUGUUCACAUAAAAGUUGCGCAAACUCCCACAAGGAUCACAUUUGGGUUUUGUUCAAAUCACUAUGAUAUAGGUUGCUACAUAUCAGGUUUACCAGCAGGCAGAGAAUGGAGUAAAAGCAAAAGAUUUAGCUCACAUGUUACUCCAGUAAAUGGUCAAGUACUAGUAACUGAUGUAGGAGAGUACACACUGGUGUUUGACAACUCAUACAGCUGGUUCAAAUCCAAACAGAUUUAUUACUGGUACCACUUGAGCUCUACUGAUGGCCUCCUCUGAUUCAUGGCAACUUUGUCGAGACCUCUUGUUAACAAGAACUUAAAAAGGGCAAAGUGUGAUGGUUGAAGUCAUAUCAACAUACUGUACAGAAUCCUCAAUCUUUAACUUCCAAGAAGUGACAAAUUCUUAAUUAUUCCAGUGGUUUUGCAUUUUGAUGUUUUAAUAACAAAAUGCAAAACCACUGUAAUUAAAAUUACUGGAUUUAGUGUUGUGCUGAAACAACACCCUACUGUUUCUAGGCUAUAUUAUAUUCUAAUCAACAGAUAUCAUUAUUCAUUAUCCAAUUGGGCUUUGUAGAAUACAAAUAAUGUGCGAGACAAGUACGAAUAUCACAUGAUAUUUGUACUCCAGAAAUAUCCGCGAAAUUCGCCUGCACUGAAAAAACAGUUUGGCGUGUUGGAUAAGGAAUCUCUUAUUAGCAGGGCUCACACGCAUGUGAAGCCCCAUACCCAUGGAAUAUGGUCAACCUUUUUUGUUUGGUUGUCAUGUGACUGACCGAGCAUACGUACUUACGUGC